UAGACGUAAUCAACGAGUGAUAAUUUGCGAGUGCGUUUGAAAAUAGAUUGCAGGUAUUUUUUGAUAGUUCAACUAUAAGCUUCAUCACAACUAUAUCCCCGAAGGCUCGUAUUCGCAAUGAACGAACUAAACCACAAAACUGUGUUCGUGUUGGAUCAUACACCGUACUUUGGCAUCUCGUGCGAGGCGCCAAUUGAUUGCGAAUUUAUCAAGAGCAAAAUUCCAAUCCCACCGAUUAGUAAAAGUUUAUGGACCUGUGCCGUGGAAGCAUCGGUAGAGUACUGCAGGAUUGCCUGGGAUUUGUUUCCGAGUGGAAAACUAAUCCGUUUUGUAGUUAGUGACACGGCUGCCCACAUCGUCAAUACGUGGAAUGUAAGCACCCAGAGUUUAACCCACGUCAUGAAUGCCAUGUCGAUGGUUGGGGUUCCGCCACGUCAGACGCAAGCAAAUGACUAUUCCGUCAUUCACGGACUUCGGGCGGCUAUUGAAGCACUGGCGGAACCGACAGACUUUCAGAAGGACCAGCUUGGUAAGAAUGAGCAGAUAGUUUUCAACCUGGGGCGAGUGAUAUGUAUCACUUCCGCCCGGGAUGAUGCUAGCAUGAAAAGCUUGGAGGAUAUAUUUCGCACGGUGCUCGUGCAACAGAACACCAUUUCCGCAAAUCACAAGGAAUAUCUAAAAAUUGAUCAAUGUCAUUUGGUAAUCAUAAAUUUGUUUCCAUCUAACAUGGAAUCGAUGGUCAACAAUCGAGCACUGAUAGAUAUUUCACCGAUUUUAAAGUCAGAAAUUCACUCGAAUAAGGCGAACAAAAUCUCCAACAAGCUAACACACCUGAUACUGCCACAUUUCGAUCUGGCCAGUACUACCGUGACCGGCAUUCCGAUGAAGGAAGAACAGAACGCAAGUUCUAGUGCGAACUACGACGUGGAGAUUUUCCAUGGAAGCAAGGCUCACUCAGUUUUUCUCGGUACUGAGCUAGUUCUGCCGCACAGCGUGAAAGACGGAUCGGACUAUGAAACUGUUACGCUUAAGUGGUGUACACCGAGAAGCUGCGGUUCAUCCGAAAUGCAGCCUUGUUUGGCGCAGUGUCGAGUAACGCCGGUUGACGUCACCUCCCGCCCCAGUUCCUGUCUAAUAAACUUUCUUUUGAACGGCCGUUCCGUAUUGUUGGAGAUGCCAAAAAAGUCUGGAGGCAAAAUUACCAGCCAUCUUCUAUCAGCUCACGGCGGAGAAAUAUUUAUCCAUUCCUUGAACACAUCCCGAAGCUGCCUGGAAGAUCCACCAUCCAUCUCAGAAGGAGGAGGGGGUCGUGUCACCGAUUAUCGUAUUAAUGACUAUGGCCAACUUAUGCAGUUACAUCGGAUAGUUCCGCUGAAACCGGUUCCAGAGCGUGCACCUGACGAAAAUUUGCUAAAAAUGCGUAGCAAGCUCUCGAAAAACAGUCGCUACUGGCCGCUGACUUUAGGAAGCACAAUUCUAUACAAUGUUCGUCAAUUUGUAGAAACGAUUGUGGCCCUGACGCAAAAACCGGAACUUACUGAUGAUGAAGUGUUGCAGUGUCAGAAAACAAUCUAUCAACUGGCUGCUUUGGAAGGCCGACAGGAAUCUCUUGCGCUGCCGAAUAUGGGACACAGAUUGAAGGGAGCGAAGCGGGAGGAACAGUAUCGAUUACUGUGGUCCGAGCUAGAGACGAUCGUCAGCCACAGUGGGACUUCGACUGGCCACAAAGCGGUACUAAAAUGUGUCCGUGAUUGUCGAAGCCGCACUCCACUAGAAGUUCAGGACAAGGACGAGGCAGCCGAAGCCCAUCGAGCGUCUGUUAUUCGAGCAACGACUGAUUCACCCAUGUCGCCGCCUCAUUCCAUGUCAAUCGGAGAUAGUGCUGUGUCCGCCUUAUUGGCCGGUUCAAGCCGAGGGUCAAAAAAAUCCCUCAGUAGCGGCACGAGAUCGUUAUUUGAUAUUCUAGCGUCGUCGGAACGAAUACAGAGCCAGAAACGGAUUGAUUUCAGUGGGCGACUUUGUACGCCUCCCGGACAGGUGGCAAAAUUGUAUCCUAACUUUGGGGUUAAAGAGGAGCCAGCCCCACAAGGUAGGCAACCAGAUGUUAAGUAGGACGACUAAUUAGAGAUGUUUAGAAUGUUCUUUCGUUUCUACUGUUAGUGUACUAUGUAAUAUAGCAAUCAGUAAUUUUAUUUUCUAGAAUAAGUGCAUU